CAUCAGUCAGUGUCCCUGAUCAAUGCCACACCAAUUAUAUGAUGACAUUGUACUGCAAUAGUGACAGUAUAAUUCACACUCAGGGGCGGACUGACAACUCAUGGGGCCCCCGGGCAAUAGGGGAUCAUGGGGCCCCUGUGUCCUUGCCCAAACUCAAAAAAGCCUAUGAAAAAGGUACCAGGGGCAUCUCAUGGGGCCCCCUACUGACCCUGGGCCCUCGGGCAGUGCCUGAUUUUCCAAAUGAUCAGUCCGCCCCUGUU